UGUGUCAGUGACUGAGAAUACUACUACUGAAAACAUUACAGGAAGACAAUAACACAGGAAUUUCAACUUGUCCAGUAGAUUUUCAUGAACCAGCCAAGAAAACCAGUCUGCUAAGCAAAUAUAAAGCAACUAAGUGCAUCUUCAGGAACAAUAUAUUGUCUACAAGGGAUGUAAACUUCAAGCAAAAUGGAAAACAAGAGUUUUGUCACAUUUAUCAUGUUUGUGUGUGUGAUUCUGCCAAGGAGCUCAGAGAACACCACCAUACCAACCAAGUACAUAUCUAGCACAAAAAUGUUAGAAAGCAUGCAAAGUACUGAAAGAAAAUUCCAUACAAAUCCAGGAAAAAAUGGACAAAUUCAAAUAACAUCUGUUCCUGUACUUGAGCAAAACAGUGCACAUAUGAACCAAGGGACACCUGAUAAUGAGUAUGGAGAGACGAUUGUGAGGAGUACCACACAGAGACCAGCUAUAGUAAUAAAAAGAUCAACAAAGCAAGCUGGCAAUCGUUUUACACAUACUUCAAUAAUUCAGGAUAAGACAAACAUUGGUCGCAUUACAUCAUACAACAAUGAGAUUCCAUCUAGCCAAACCAACCAAGAUAAAACAGUGCAAAGGAUAAUAAAAAUCAAUACUCAAAAAGCAAAGCUGCUCAGCACUGAAGUCUGGUCUAGUCAUACUCUAUAUAAGAGAUCAACUAAUUAUGAAGUGGCUUCUACAAGUGAUCCCAUGACACAAACACCACAUUUUUCUCUCCCAGUGAGAAGCACAUUACAGAAAAAGCAUUUUGUUACAUCUUCUAUAAAGGAAUCAACAACAAUAUCUCCACUUCUAACUCAGACAUCCAAUAUUCAUCCAAGGACAAAAGAUUACACACUAGAAACGUCUUCACAAACUGUGACAAGCACAGAUUUACUCAAAAUUCAUCAGACAUUAACCCGAAUUAGUCAAACUUCUCAAAGAUUUAUUGGUAAAUCUAAGGUAACUCACAGCUUGACUUUGGCUACCACUUCUCAAAGAAAGACAACACAAAUGGAGAAAAAAACUCAACAAAAUCUUUCAACAAGAAAUAAUACUUUGGACAUUUUAACAUCAAAUAUGGAUAACUCAUUACAUCCUUCAAAAAGAAGAAUUGACCCUAACAGAGCAAGGCGGGUGAUAAAAUCAAGACAGCAGGGUGCAGGUACAGCUGUAGCUGCCAUCAUUGGAUCCUGUUUCAUCUGCUUGCUGGGAGCAACUGCCUUAAUUCUAUAUCGUAAAAAGAAAGCUGAGCAGAAAAGAAAGAAGAAUUCAAACUGGGCAGGUCCUAGUCCUUUCUUAGAUGGCCAAAUCAUUAACCAGAUUCCAGGAGAAGAUGACGUAAAAUUUAACAGAACUUUAUCAAAACGCAUUUCCCUUGGAACAUUCAUUUCACACAGAAUUUCCAAACAUUUUCCAUCACUACUAGAACAAGAGCAGCCACAAACAGGAUUAGAACUUAACAGCUCUUCUGUUAGAUGCUCAUCUGACCAGGAAGACAAUGUUAAGGUGCAAAAAUCUACUGAUCUUCCAGUGUGUUCUGAUGAAACAGAAGCAUUCAACUCUUUUCAAAUACAGAAAGGGCAGGAAUCCAGUAGUUUGGAAGAUACAGGGAAACAAAUGAAAAAAUCAAGUAAUUCCUCGUUAAUUCUGACUGACACAAUCUGUUUGUCUGAUAUGCAAAAUAAUGUAGCUGAGGAGCAAACCACAAAUGAUAAAGACCUUCAACCUACAACUAUAGGAGAAAGUAAUAUGGCUCCAACUCAAAUGGAUCUAAUACAAGAGUGAUGUUAAUGAAACUUUCAUUUACAUACCCAUUUAAAACAGGGGAAAAAAAAGAAGAGGGGGCUGUACCCCUGCCUUCCAAAUCCUUAUCUGACUCUUCAAUUUAGUUAAUGCUCACACAAGAUCUGUCUACAACAUUAAAAAAAAAACAAAAAAAAAAACUUCCUAAUAUUGUGCAAGUUCCCCUUGUGUCAUCAAAACCAGAUCUGAUCCAUUGAGACAUGGACUCCAUAAGGCCUCUGAAGGUGUACUGUGGUAUCCAGAACCAAAACAUGAACAGCACAAGAUCUGCCAUUUUGGAGAUGCUCUGACCCCGUUAUCUACACCACCACAAUUUGACCCUUGUCAAAGCCACUCAGAUCCCUAUGCUUGCUAGUUUUUCAUGCUUCUAACAGCACAUCACAUUCAAGAACUUACUGUUCACUUGCUGCCUAAUAUAUUCCAACCAUCAAUAGAUGCCAAUGUAACGAGAUAAUCAAUGUCUAUUCAUAUCAUCUAUUUAAGGGUUUAAAGUUGUGGCUGAGAGGCGCAUUCAGAACUAAAUGACCUAAAUGACUUAAAUAUGAAUCUGGAUAUAUUUCAGCAAGAACUACUUAAGGCUAACAAAUAUUUUUACUUUGCUUCUAUAGUACUACUAAAGGCAUGGAUAUUUUUUGUGUGUAAAAUGCUACAUGAUACAGAUUUUUAAGGCUAUUAUUAUAGAGGACCCUGUUAAACCUUCAAAUGACUGCUGCUUAUAUAUUUAUACAUAAAUAGCUAACCUUAAGGUGAAAAGUUGUAAUGUUUAAUUCAUACUUUUUACAAACCAGAUCAGUUAAUAGCUCAUUCAAGGCCAAUGAGAUUGCUUUUUAAUAUGCACAAAUAAAUAUACUAUAGUUACUCAAA